AUGGCGGAGAGGGACGAUGGAGUGGCGGACGUGCUCACGGCUGCCUCGCUGGGCGACACGGACAAGCUUCGCUGGCUGACCAAGGAGCUCGGCGUGUCUCUGGUGGUACCUGACGGUGAAGAAGGACCGGUUCUCCGCGCUGUAGCCGGCGGCCAUCACGACACCGUUCGCUUCCUGCUUGCCGCCGGCGUUUCGGUUGAUGAGGCCGAUGCCGACGGACGUACCGCGCUCCAUCGCGCGGCGCGGUCGGGCGAUCUGGCCCUCGUUCAGAUCCUGGUCUCGGCCAACUGCGACAUCGAUGCCCGCGACUCGUCCGGCUCCACCCGCUGCAUGCGGCGCUCGAGGGCAAGCUCUGACUUUGACGCCCGCAAUCACGCCGGCAUUGUUCCGCUCCACUACGAGUCGGUCCGCAGCCUGCCCAUGGUUGCCCCAGUUGUCGAGCAGCGGCGCCAGGACGAGCUGGAUGCCCUGCGCGAGGCUCGCGAGGCCGAGGAAGCCGCCAACACCGCCCGCGUCCGGGCCCUCCUUGCCCCCGUCGAUCAGAAGAAGAAGAAGAAGAAGAAGAAACCCAAGACUCGCCGCUGACGCCUUGCCCUGCCCGCAACCGCCGCCUGGACACCCAGCGCUCGCCGCUGACGCCCUGCGCCCUCCAUGAUCACUCCAUCCUCGCCGACAUGACCCACACCAACAUAGUCCGCAAACACUCUCACACACAACCACACCCUCGA